GAGGCUGUUGCGAAAAAUGAUUUCGUUGGCCUCUUAAAAUAGAGAGAGAUGGAGACGCUGAAGAAAACAAAAAGCCCUGCCGCUACAUAGCGGCGGCUCAGAGUGCGACCGGACCUGAGACGCAAACAACACCCACACAUGCAGACACGCACACACGCACACACUCACAGACGUGUUCAUACAUAUACAUACACACGUACAUGCAUACGGAGCUGAAGCAGGAGCUGACAUGGCUGUGACAGAAGCUAAUGAAAUGCCCCGGCAAUUCCCCAAGGUCACGCUGAGCGACGUGGACGAGGAGGUGCGCCUGAUGGCCGAGAAGGUGUACGCCUCUGCGCUGAAGGAGGAAGAGAAUAAAGAAGCCAUCUCCUUGUACACCGUGCCCGAAGACUGUCCCAUCGGCCUACAGCAGGCCAAGGAAAGGGAGCUCCUCCGGGAGCUGGCCGAACAGCACUCUGAGGAGAUGGCCAAGAGGAAGAAGAGUUUGAAGAUGAUUCGAUCUCAGUCCAUGCAAAUCCCGGUUUGUGUGGAUUGGGCAAGAGCUACACCCACUCCGCUCGUGUCCCCACUCUUCAGCUGUCCCUCCAUCCCGGACAGCUUCCCCGAGUACCAGAGAGUCACCAUCAGUGGGGAUUACUGUGCCGGGAUCACCGUCGAGGACUAUGAGCAAGCAGCUAAAAGUCUUCUGAAGGCGUUAUUCAUCCGGGAGAAAUACUCGAAGCUGGCGUACCACCGUUACCCCCAGACCACCGCCAGGUUCUUGCGCAGUGCUGAGAACCUGAAGUGGAGAGAGGAAGAUGAUGUCCUGCCAGACAUCUGCCCAUGCCCUCAGGAAGGAGAGGACCCCUACAGCAUGGAGAACAUACCGGAGAACCUGGGCUAUGAGCUGAAAAUGAGGGAUGGGAUAAUCUACGUCUACGAGAAUAAGACGGCUCUCGAGGAGAACAGACCCCACUGUCUGCCGUACCCUGAUCUUGAGACGUUCGCCAUCGACAUGAGCCACGUUCUGGCCAUGAUCGUAGACGGACCCACAAAGACGUACUGCCACAGACGACUGAACUUCCUGAGCUCGAAGUUCUACCUGCACGAGAUGCUCAACGAAAUGGCCGAGCUUAAAGAGCUCAAAGGGGUCCCACAUCGAGAUUUCUAUAACGUCAGGAAGGUCGACACUCACAUCCACGCUGCAGCCUGUAUGAACCAGAAACAUCUGCUGAACUUCAUCCAGAGCACCUAUAAGACAGACGCUGACCGCGUAGUGCUGGAGAAGGCCGGAAAGAAACUGACCCUCAAAGAGGUCUUCGACAACCUCAACAUGGACCCUUACGACCUCACCGUGGACUCGCUGGACGUCCAUGCUGGCAGGCAGACGUUUCACCGCUUUGACAAGUUCAACUCCAAAUAUAAUCCGGUGGGAGCGAGCGAGUUACGAGAAAUCUACCUGAAAACUGACAACUACAUCAUGGGAGAGUACUUUGCCCGUUUGAUAAAGGAAGUCGCUCACAAUCUGGAGGAGAGUAAAUACCAGCAUGCCGAGCCCCGCCUCUCUAUCUACGGACGCUCCCCGGAUGAGUGGGACAGCCUUUCCCAUUGGUUUAUUCAACAUAAAGUCCACUCCCCCAACAUGCGCUGGAUCAUUCAGGUGCCCAGAAUAUAUGAUAUUUUUAUGUCACGGAAGCUGAUUCCCAACUUUGCCAAGAUGCUGGAGAACAUCUUCCUUCCCUUGUUUGAGGCGACGGUGAAUCCUCAGAAGCACAAAGAGCUGCAUGUGUUCCUCAAAUAUAUGACCGGCUUUGACAGCGUGGACGACGAGUCCAAGCACAGCGAUCACAUGUUCUCUUACAAGAGCCCCAAACCCGAGCAAUGGACCAGCGACGAGAACCCGCCUUAUAGCUACUACCUCUUCCACAUGUACGCCAACAUCAUGGUGCUCAACAACCUGCGCAAGGAGAGAGGUCUGAGUACCUUCCAGUUCCGUCCACACUGCGGUGAGGCUGGCUCCAUCACUCAUCUGGUUUCAGCUUUUCUUACUGCGGAUAACAUUUCUCACGGCCUCAACCUCAAGAAGAGCCCCGUCCUUCAGUACCUGUAUUACCUGGCCCAGGUACCCAUCGCCAUGUCCCCUCUCAGUAACAACAGUCUGUUCCUGGAGUACUCGAAGAACCCGCUGCGAGAGUUCCUGCACAAGGGUCUGUGUGUGUCUCUGUCCACGGACGACCCCAUGCAGUUCCACUACACCAAGGAAGCCCUGAUGGAGGAGUACGCUAUUGCGGCCCAGCUGUGGAAGCUGAGCACGUGCGAUUUAUGCGAAAUCGCCAGAAACAGCGUGCUGCAGGCCGGCUUGUCUCAUCAGGAGAAAAAGUACUUCCUCGGCCCCAACUACUUAAAGGACGGCCCCGAAGGGAACGACAUCCGGCGCACCAACGUGGCGCAGAUCCGCAUGGCCUACAGACACGAGACGCUGUGUAACGAGCUCAGCUUCCUGGUGGACGCGAUGAAAUCCGAGGCCCUGGGCUCGCAGAUGUAGUCACAACAACACACCCGCUGCCAUAAGACUGUAGCCAUAUAUACACACUUGCAUGUUGCCUUGUACACAAGACCGCACAUAUCAGGUAUUAACUUAACUGCUGCUGCUUGUGUUAGCGGGGGGGGGGGAACGAAACGAAACGAAACAGAACAACCUGCCUCACUGUAAUCCAUAUUGUAUGUCUUCCAUGUGAGUCCAGGUCUGCAUGCAUGUUCACUGUGGCCUCCGGUUUUGCACUGAGCACUACAUCCUCAGAGAUGAAGCGCAUCAGGGAUUGAUGAGAGGCACAGUAGAAAGCCAACACAACGGCGCCCCCUAGUGGAGGCGAUCAUACUUUUAUCGACAGAAGCGACUUGAAACAUGGAAAACUAUAGAUUAGCUAUUAUAGUGGUUUUGAAUGUGGCAUAUGUGCAUUUUUAUCUGUUAGAUCCUCACCACUAGAAUAACGGAGAUCUAGAUCCCAGCCACGCCCGAGUGAAGGUAUAAACGUUAGAUCUCAUUUAUUGAAUGUAUAAGAACUUGAACCUUGUAGCUUCGUAGCUAACGUGCUGUAUGUUUAUCCACCACCCUGAAAGCUGUUCUGCUGCAUCUUGUGGCCUUUUCUUCUGUUUAUCUCCGAACUCGUACGAUAUUGCACAUAAUGUAUAGAAAGAUAUAUAGCACGUUAUUCUUUAUUAAAAUACCUGAAUAGUAUGGGGGGGAGCAAAUGUAUCUUUAUAUUGUUACGGUGAUAAAUUAAUUGUUUUCUAGGAGGUCGGAAAGAAGGAAAAGUAAUAAAGUCUGAAAAGAGACGUCGAAACUUUUAAGGUGAAUCACUCGACUCCGCAAUUAUUGGCUCCUUCUAUGAAGAGGAAUCUAAAAGAACAAGACAUGCACCGAGUGCUCUAGAGCACUUAAACGUAUUGGAACGGUGAAGUUAGUUUAAUGCUGUUAUUAUUUCAAAACAUCUUUUAAGUAGGCCAAAUGUUUCCUGCAAAUAAAUAAAUAAAUAAAUGCUGGUUUCAAAAGUAUUGGAACCUGCAUGAUUUAUAUUUGAGUGGACAGACAUUUAUUUUUUUUAACAGAGGCCUCUUCGCUGUGCUGAAGAUUUUCCGUGGCUUUGUAGCGUUGUGUGUGUGUGCUAUUAAGGGUAAGUUAGCGUGCCAAUAAUUCUGGGGUUGACCGCAUCUCAACUGGUAGUCAAAAAAGGUUGUAUUUAUUUAAAAGGAAAUAAAAGCACAUUUGUCUCAAUCAUAUACUUGUAAACAUGAGUCUACUGUACAAAUAUUAAAUAUCGCUAGAAAAGGAAAAACAACAGCAAAGGAAAACCACCACAGACAAAUCAUCAAAGGAGAGGAGAAGAUGGAAAAUGUUUAUUCGGUUAAACAAAUAAAUAAAUACAGUUACACGAUGCGAUUCCAGGCGAGGUGGAGGUCAGAGGUCGACGGUCUGGCCGGUUAAGAUAUCUUCUCGUUCUCUAGCUUGAUGGUCACGCUGACAUCGUUUUGCACCUCUGACUCAGACUCCUUUCUAGUUUUCCCACAAACUUCAGUCUCUAUGGUCUCCUUCUCCUGACUUUUCUUCCAGCGGCCCACUCUGUUCCUACAGGGAAGAUAAAUCAGAACCGGAUUAGUUUCAGAUUUAAAAGGAGAACCUUAUCACAUUUUAGAGCACAGUAUAGUAUAGAACUAUAUACAAACUCAACCAUUUAUAAAUCGGCAGCAUCGAUCCAUUUUCGUAACGAACAGUUUUAUGGAUUUAUUUAUUUAUUUAUCCAUUCAAUCGUGAUCUGUUGCGGCAAAAUAUUUUGCGCUAAAUUGUUUUGCUUGUUGUUUUGUUGGUAAACGAGACUAGCUGUACUCGUGUUCGACACACGUGGAUCGAAGAGGGCUCCGGCUGAAUAAGCGUUGCGGUGACGCGUCUCGGGUCAAACCUGUGGUAAUUUUGAAAAAAAAUCGCGAGCUUCUCCGGAUACCGCAGAGUUCGCUUGG